CGCAGUCGUCGUCGUAGUCGACUUGUGAUCAAUUUCCAAUCGUAACGAGCAGUGGGGUGAGUCGAGUUCCUCAAGAGGAAGAAGAGGAGCGUAUCGAUAAAUAGCCAAAAAUAAAAAAUUUGUCACAAUGGGAAACGAGAGCUCAUUGCCUAUGGAGCUUUGCUCAAACUUUGAUGCUGACGAAAUUCGAAGGCUAGGAAAAAGAUUUAGAAAACUAGAUCUUGAUAAUAGCGGUGCUCUAAGCAUCGAUGAAUUUAUGUCUUUACCCGAAUUACAACAAAAUCCACUAGUUCAGCGCGUCAUAGACAUUUUUGAUGCCGAUGGCAAUGGUGAAGUAGAUUUUAAAGAAUUUAUUCAAGGAGUCUCGCAGUUUAGUGUUAAGGGUGAUAAAGAAAGUAAACUUAGAUUUGCAUUUAGAAUUUAUGACAUGGACAAUGAUGGAUUUAUAAGUAAUGGUGAGUUAUUUCAAGUGCUAAAAAUGAUGGUAGGAAAUAAUUUGAAGGAUACUCAGCUGCAACAGAUUGUUGAUAAAACAAUACUUUUUGCCGAUAAAGACGAGGAUGGAAAAAUAAGUUUUGAAGAAUUCUGCUCAGUUGUCGGCAACACUGAUAUUCAUAAGAAGAUGGUGGUUGAUGUUUAAUUAAUAAAAAUUCUUAAAAGCGUGUAAAAACGUUAAUUAUUAAUAAGUGCGUUAAUUCGAUUGAGUAUUAUCACAAAAUACAUUAAAUAAUUUAUAAUUUUUAUUUAAAUUUCCCUUAAUU